UUUAUCUUCUUUUUUUUUUCUUUUUUUAGUAUAUACUGUUCCAAUAACAGCAAUUACCUUAUAAUCUAGUACAAUGUCGUUUGUGCGAUCCUUACUUGGAGGGAUUCCAGGAAGGUUCACUUUUCGGGCUGCAACAGCUUCUUUCUUGGAAACAGCUCCACAAACUAUGAACCUUUUCCCCGUUGCUUUAUGUCGUCGUUGGCAAUCGACCGAAGUCGAUGCCAAAGAUCUUGAUCGUCUCAAAAAACUUCGUAAUAUCGGUAUCUCUGCACAUAUUGAUUCUGGUAAAACAACAUGUACAGAGCGUAUUCUUUAUUAUACGGGUCGUAUUAAGGAGAUUCAUGAUGUUCGUGGCCGUGAUGGUGUGGGUGCAAAAAUGGAUUCAAUGGAUUUGGAAAGAGAAAAAGGCAUUACUAUUCAAUCUGCUGCAACUUAUGCUAGUUGGGGAGAUUACAACAUUAAUAUUAUUGAUACACCUGGCCACGUUGAUUUUACAAUUGAGGUAGAACGUGCGUUGCGUGUAUUAGAUGGUGCUGUUUUAAUUUUAUGUUCUGUAUCUGGUGUGCAAUCACAAACAAUUACGGUCGAUCGUCAAAUGCGUCGUUAUAAUGUUCCCCGUAUCUCGUUUAUUAAUAAAAUGGAUCGUGCUGGUGCUAAUCCAUUCCGUAUUAUUGACCAACUCCGACAAAAACUCAAGUUGACAGCAGCUGCUGUACAAAUUCCUAUUGGUUCCGAAGAUCAAUUUGCAGGUAUUGUUGAUCUUGUGAAAUGGAAAGCUUAUUACAAUGAAGGUGAAUCGGGUGAAAAACUGAUUGAACGUGAUAUCCCCGAGGAAUUGAUGCCUCUCGCACUUGAAAAACGACAUGAAUUGAUUGAACAACUGGCUAAUGUAGAUGAUGAAAUUGCUGAUAUAUAUUUAAUGGAAGAUAUUCCUACUACUGAACAAUUUUUAUCGGCUAUUCGUCGUGCUACCAUCUCACUCAAGUUUACUCCUGUCUUAAUGGGUUCCGCCUUUAAGAAUACAGCUAUACAACCUCUUUUAGAUGCCGUUAUCAAUUACUUGCCAAACCCUACUGAAGUAACGAAUACAGCUUUGGAUAUCAAUAAGGGUGAAGAAAAGGUUGAAUUAAAGCCCUAUUCGAACAAUCCCUUUGUCGGUCUUGCGUUCAAGUUGGAAGAAGGUCGUUAUGGACAAUUGACUUAUAUGCGUAUUUAUCAAGGUAUAUUAAAGAAGGGCUCGUUUAUUACAAAUGUGAAGACAGGUAAGAAGAUCAAGGUACCUCGUCUUGUCCGUAUGCAUGCUGCUGAUAUGGAAGAUGUGGAUGAAUUGGGUGCUGGUGAAAUUGGUGCUAUCUUUGGUGUUGAUUGUUCAAGUGGUGAUACCUUCACAGAUGGUAGUCUUCAAUACACAAUGUCAUCUAUGUUUGUACCUGAACCUGUCAUCUCUCUUUCUUUAAUGCCUAAAGGUAAAGAAUCUGCGAAUUUCUCUAAAGCUUUGAAUCGUUUCCAAAAGGAAGAUCCAACUUUCCGUGUUCAUAUUGAUACUGAAUCAAAGGAAACGAUUAUCUCUGGUAUGGGUGAACUGCAUUUACAGAUUUAUGUUGAACGUAUGAAACGUGAGUACAAUGUGGAAUGCGUUACUGGUAAACCUCGCGUUGCCUUCCGUGAGACAAUCACACAACCUGCUAAAUUCAAUUAUACACACAAGAAGCAAUCAGGGGGUGCUGGUCAAUUCGGUCGUGUCAUGGGUCAAUUAGAACCUAUGGAACGCGAUGAAGAAAGUGGAAAGGAUAUUGAAUUUGAAAACCGUGUUGUAGGAGGUAAUAUCCCCACCAACUUUAUUCCUGCUUGUGAAAAGGGUUUCAAUGAUGCUCUUGAAAAGGGGCCUUUAAUUGGUCACCCAGUGAGUGGUGUUCGAAUGAUUUUAGAAGACGGUGCCGCACAUGCAGUUGAUUCUAGUGAACUUGCUUUCCGUAUUGCAACCAAGAAUGCCUUCCAAGAAGCCUUUGCUAAAGCUAAACCCUCUAUUUUAGAGCCUAUCAUGAAUGUUGCCAUUACUGCCCCUAUUGAAUUCCAAGGUUCUGUGAUUGGUGGUCUUAAUAAGCGUAAGGGUACUAUUAUUGACACUGAAAUCCAAGAAGAUUACUUUAAUGUCGUUGCCGAUGUUCCUUUAAAUGAUAUGUUUGGCUAUUCAACUGAAUUAAGAUCAGCAACCCAAGGUAAAGGUGAAUUCUCAAUGGAAUACAAAGAACAUCAACCUGUUCAAACUCAUGUGCAAGAAGAUCUUAUUAAAGAAUAUAGAAAGGAAUUGGCUAGCAAGUCUAAAUAAUAAUAAUAAAAUAAUGCGCACAUAUAAAUGCGUAUAAUAAACAUGUAUAUUAUUAUUUUAAUAUCCCCCUUCUUUCCCCUUAAAAAAAUAAAAUAAAAUAAAAUUUCCUUAAAUGUAG